AUUAUCUCAAAAUCUUUCGACUACAACACUUGAAAAUAAAAAUUGGGGUUAUCUUCUUGGACCAUCUCGAAAAGAUAAGAAUGAUCCAAUAGUAUAUAAAGAAUGAGGUUUAGAUGAUAAAGCAGUUAAUCAAAAUGUUCAAAUUUGUUGUAUUGGCUGCUCUUUUGGCUUGCGCCACCGCUAUUCCAAAUCAACCCCGUUCCAAACUCCCAACUUUGGACGGAAGAAUCGUCGGUGGUAGAGAUGCCUACAUCGAAGAAUUCCCAUACCAAGUCUCGCUUCUUUGGUUCGGCAGUCACAUUUGUGGUGGAUCUUUGAUUUCUCAAAAUUUCGUUGUCACAGCUGCCCAUUGCACUGAUGGAGCUACAGCGUCUCAAUUUUCCAUCCGCGUCGGAUCAUCCAUCAGAAAUUCAGGCGGAAGUACUUACACCGUCAGUCAAGUUCACCAACACCCACAAUACGAUGAAGACACCAUUGAUUUCGACAUUUCAGUUCUUCGCAUUUCCAAUAACGUCGCUUUAGGAAGCGCAGUUGGUUUGAUUGGUCUCCCAACUCAAGAUCAACCCAUCAAUGCUGGUGAUGACGCCACCGUCACCGGAUGGGGAACUUUAACCGAAGGAGGUAUUCUUCCUUCCCAACUUCAAGCCGUCGUUGUCCCAGUCGUCAGCCAAGCUGAAUGCAGAAGAGCUUACGGAACUAGUUCCAUCACCGAUCGUAUGAUGUGCGCCGGUGUACCACAAGGUGGCAAAGACGCUUGCCAAGGUGAUAGUGGUGGCCCAUUGGUUGUUGGAGGUGAACUCAUUGGUAUUGUUUCUUGGGGAUAUGGUUGCGCUCGUCCUGGAUUCCCUGGUGUCUAUUCCAGCGUACCAGCUCUUCGUAGCUUUAUUCUUAGCCAAGCUGGAAUCUAAAUGGAUAUCUUAAUUGUAUAGACUGUUGCACAUAUUUUGUAUAAUAUAAUAAAAUUCUUGACUACUUAU